ACAGACAGACAAAGACUCCAACUUCCUCCUCACUGCGUGCAUCAGUGUCUCUCCCCGUCCACUGCAAAGAAACACCUCUCUCUCUCUCCCUCUCGCUCUCGCGGAGCAGACUUUCUCGCUCUGCUGUAUAGCUCGUCACCGAGAAAAAUAGUCAUUCGACCGGUGGUCGGCCACCGUGACAAAGGUCAUAUGAGGAUUGUUGGUGAUUUGUAUGACAAAUGAGAGUAUGACGAAAGGUGAAGCUGGUUUGAGGUGAAUGCCAUUGCUUGCACGCCCAGGAGGUGCCAAGCGGAGGAGGAGUGGAGUUGCAGUUGGUGUGUAACUCGUGCUUUUGGAGGAAACAGGGGAAGUGCGGUUUUUAGAGCGGAUUCCAUUAUGGAGAAAGUCUAGGGCGGUAGUAACUAUGGAGCGCGUGAAGGAACCGGGAGCUCUAGAGAAUUUCCGCAGAGAGCAGUGCAAAGGAGGGGGGAAUAUGGAGAAGAACUGCUCGUAGGUGAAAGGAGAAAAUUGUUUAGAAAUAUCCAAAGGAAUUCACAGCGGAAAUGGCUUGCAUGAAAUUGGGGUCCAAGGCAGAUGGAUUCCAGCGCCGAGGACAAGCAUGGUUUUGCACCACAGGCCUUCCCAGCGACAUCGUCAUCGAAGUCGAGCAGAUGUCCUUUCACCUACACAAGUUUCCCCUUCUUUCCAAAAGCGGGAAAUUAGCGAGACUAGUAGCGGAGAACUCGGACGAAGAAACUGGAGCUUGCCAGAUACAUUUGCAAGACAUUCCUGGUGGCACUGAGGCGUUCGAAUUGGCUGCCAAGUUUUGCUACGGUGUGAAGGUGGAAUUGACAUCGGCCAAUGUCGCCUCGUUACGAUGUGCCGCCGAGUACUUGGAGAUGACUGAAGAGUUCGGUGAGGGGAAUCUUAUUUCGAAAACAGAAAGUUUCCUGAACCAGGUGGUCCUUCGGAGCUGGAAAGACUCUGUCCGAGCGCUCCAAAGCUGUGAAUAUCUUCUUCCCGAGGCAGAAGGCUUGGGCAUCGUGAAGAAAUGUGUUGACUCUAUAUCGAUGAAAGCCUGCGCGGACCCAAGUUUGUUUGGUUGGCCGAUGAUGGAACACCAUGGCACGCUUCAAAGUCCCGGGGGCAGUGUUUUGUGGAACGGGAUCAGCACAGGUGCAAGAGGGAGGAACUCCCGGUCCGAUUGGUGGUACGACGACAUUGCUUCCCUGAGUCUUCCUCUAUACGAGAAGGUCAUCAGUUCUAUGGAUAUGAAAGGCAUUAGGCCUGAAAGCAUCGCCGGGGCACUGAUGCACUAUGCGAAGAAGGCGCUCCCGGGCCUGCACAGAAGGCAGAGCGGCAGGGAGAAUGGGGCCCUUGCUAUCGUGCCUCUGGGAGUUGCUCCCUCUGAAAACGAUCAGAGGCUUUUGUUAGAAACAAUUGAAAGUUUGCUGCCCAUGCAAAAGGGCGUCACCUCCAGCCGGUUUUUAUUCGGGCUGCUGCGAACGGCGAUGAUAUUGAACGCGAGCCCCGAAUGCAAAAGUAAUCUAGAAAGACGAAUUGGGAUGCAGCUGGAGCAGUCUACCCUAGACGAUCUACUCAUGCCCAAUUAUUCCUACACGGUGGAAACCUUAUAUGACAUUGAGUGCGUUCAGCGCAUUUUAGAUCAUUACAUUUUAUUGGAUCAAACACCGGGGGCUCUCUCCCCUCAUUCUUUGGAAGACGGGCAACUUGUCGGUUCUCCUAGUCUGACACCCAUGAUGAUGGUUUCUAAACUUAUGGACAACUAUCUUGCUGAAGUAGCACCGGACGUGAAUCUGAAGCCGAACAAGUUUCAGGCUCUCGCCGAGGCACUUCCUGAGUAUUCUCGUCUGUUUGACGAUGGCUUGUACAGAUCCAUCGAUAUAUUUUUGAAGGCACAUCCAUGGCUUACAGAGCAGGAGCGCGAGAGGCUUUGCAGAAUUAUGGAUUGUCAGAAGCUUUCAUUAGAAGCCUGCACUCAUGCCGCCCAAAAUGAGCGCUUGCCACUGCGGGUGGUCGUGCAAGUCCUCUUCUUUGAGCAGCUUCAACUGCGCACUGCCAUCGCCAGUGCUUUCAUGGUGACUGAUACUGUGGACACAUCCAGACCUGUUGCGCGGACUGGGCCCCUCGAUGGCGGUGCUCUUGGCGGUCAUCCUGGGCUUCGUGGUGACGGCUGGGCUAAUGUGAUUCGAGAAAACCAAGUUCUGAAGGGAGACAUGGACAAGAUGAGAACGAGAGUCUCCGAACUCGAGAAGGAAUGCACGACUAUGAGGCAAGAGAUAGAAAAGCUCGGCAAGCCUAAGGCGGCUUCCUUCAACACCUUCGGGUUGGUCACUAGAAAGCUUGGCUGCAAGGCUCGUUCGCAAGUAAGCACAGCCAACACGUUGGAAGGCAUAGCAGAGCAUUAUCCCGUCGAGAGUGCCGGCUCAAGAGGAGAGAAUGUCAUGCCUGAACACCAUCGUGAGAAGCCUUCAAGACAUCAUCACCAUCAUCAUCAAUCGAGACACAGUCGGAGUAUGUCCGUGUCUUGAAUCCGGGUGUAUAAUUAGAGGCAGUAUCUUCUUCGCUCAAAUUUAGUCGCGGGAACGCGAGUUACAGUGUCAGUCUCUUCGCUAGGACGGGUGUUCGAUUGAAUUUUGUCACUGGGGAAUAAGGACAUAGUUGGGACCACAGCUGCACGACAAGUGCUCUGUUGGUAAUGAUCCACAUUCUGGGGAGGGAGCUCAAGGAAUGCCCAAUGAGCCAUCGGAGUCUCCUAGCAUAUAGAAGGCACUGUCUGUCAGCUUUGGUCCCAAUUUGUGUGGUUUAUCACUUAAAGGCUGUGGCAUGUUUUUGUAGUUUCAUGCUUACGAUCUUUAGGUGAGUAGGGCUGUUGAAAACCCGAGUCCUUGAGCAACUUCUGCAAUUAGAAGGUGAUUUUCUCAAAGACUAAGCCAGUUAACUAUUCAUGUUGGAGUGGAGGGCACCGUGUGCAGGGGUCUCCUCUGUACUGGCAAUGCCGUGGAGACAUCGAGCAUUUUCAUUUAUUCAUUCAGUGUAUGUAUAUUGUCUUGACCGUGUACAAAAUCCGUUCGUGUGCCUGGUGACACGGCACCUGAGAAGUUCGAACAUUCC